GGCGAAGCUUUGUUUGACUUCACUGGCACUGGUAUGGAAGUGAUCACCUCAUGUAAUUGCCCUCGAGCCGUCACUAUGUCAGCCAUAAUCUACUGUCUCAGAUCGAUAGCUGCUCAGAUUUCUAUACCGGAAGGAACUCUUCUGUCACCUUCCGAGACCGCAGCUGUGGUUGGAGGAAAUGUCUUGACUAGUCAAAGGCUCUGCGACGUGAUCCUGGGUGCUUUCGAAGCCGUCGCAGCUAGUCAGGGAUGCAUGAACAAUGUCACAUUCGGUGAUGAAACCAUGGGUUACUAUGAAACCAUCGCCGGAGGAGCCGGAGCUGGCGAAGGUUUUGCAGGACGAAGUGGAGUGCAUACUCACAUGACAAAUACGAGGAUCACCGAUCCUGAAAUUCUGGAGAGCAGGUAA